AAAUUUAUUACACUCACGUACAAACACAAACACACUCUCUUUUCUUUCUUUCUUUCUUUUCACUGAAAAAGUUUCAAACCAAAGCAAAAGAAAACGCUCUGUUUCAAACCAUAGCAAAAGUUAAAGAAGUUCAAAAUCUCUCUUCUUGCUUCUUUCUUUCUUUCUUUCAUUGAAUCAUAAUUUGAAAAUGUCUAAUCAUAAUAAUCGUCGUUCAUCGUUUUCUUCUUCAACAACUUCGUCAAUGGCGAAACGACACCCACCUGUUACCGCUUUAACAUCAGAGAACAACGCCGGAAAAGUUUUAGCAGCCUCUGCCAAGAAACGUCCUCCUCUCACUAAUCUCACCAAUCAAAAUUCUUCCCGCAACAACUCAUCUACUUUGGUAACUAAAGUUGCAAAGACAAAGAAAGAACCUUCACCAUGCAAUUCUUCUUCAAGCUCAGUGAUUUCUGUUAACAAAAAACCUACUUUGUCGAAUGUUAAAUCCGCUACUGUUGUUUUUCCUAAAGCCAUUACUACUACUACUAGUACUACUUCUUCAUUUUCUGGAAAGAAUGAAGUUGUUCCUCCUCCUUCAUCGGUUGCUCCUACUACCUUCAAUGUUCCGGUUUCGAGUAGUAUGGAUUUAUCGUCUCCUGGUAAAUCCGAUGGAAUGUCGGUUUCUAUGGACGAGACAAUGUCGUCGUGUGAUUCUUUCAAGAGUCCUGAUAUUGAAUAUGUCGAUAACAGUGAUGUUCCAGCUGUAGAUUCUAUUGAGAGGAAGACUUUUUGUAGUCUCAACAUUUCUGAUUCUAAUUACCCAUCAGGUAACAUUUGCAGUAGAGACAUUCUUGUUGAGUUGGAAAAGGGAGAGAAAAUUGUUAAUAUUGAUAAUGAUUACAUGGAUCCUCAGCUCUGUGCUACCUUUGCCUGUGAUAUCUACAAGCAUCUACGUGCAUCUGAGACAAAGAAAAGGCCUUCAACAGACUUCAUGGAGAAAAUUCAAAAGGACAUAAAUCCCAGCAUGCGUGCUAUAUUGAUUGAUUGGCUAGUGGAGGUGGCUGAAGAGUAUAGACUUGUACCCGAUACAUUGUAUUUGACAGUAAACUAUAUUGAUCGAUAUCUUUCUGGGAAUCCGAUGAACAGGCAACAAUUACAAUUACUUGGAGUUGCUUCUAUGAUGAUUGCCUCUAAAUAUGAGGAGAUUUGUGCACCUCAGGUGGAGGAAUUUUGUUAUAUAACUGAUAACACAUACUUCAAGGAUGAGGUUUUGCAGAUGGAAUCUACUGUCUUGAAUUUUCUAAAAUUCGAAAUGACUGCCCCAACAAUUAAAUGCUUCUUGAGAAGAUUUGUACGUGCAGCUCAAGGAAUUGAUGAGGUCCCUUCACUACAACUAGAGUGCUUGACAAAUUUUAUCGCCGAAUUAUCUCUGUUGGAGUACAGUAUGCUUUGUUAUGCUCCAUCACUUAUAGCAGCUUCUUCAAUUUUCCUGGCCAAAUAUAUGCUUUUCCCUGCCAUGAAACCAUGGAAUCCGACAUUGCAGCAUUACACUCAAUACCAGCCUUCUGAUUUGUGUGCUUGUGUAAAGGAUCUCCACCGUCUUUGUUGCAACAGCCCUAAUUCUAAUUUGCCUGCAAUUAAGGAGAAAUACAAUCAGCACAAGUAUAAAUACGUUGCCAAUAAGUACUGCCCUCCUUCAAUACCUCAAGAAUUUUUCCAGAACUGAGCAGAGAGUUGAUGUGUUGAUUGAAUGUGUCCAAUUCCCAGUUGGAAAGCGUUAGAUUGACACAAAGGGCUUCUUCUUGUAUCUGCUUUGAUUGAUGACGCCCACAAAAUCGACGCUUCAAGAAGCAACUUGUAUCAUUAGCUACUGCUUCUUCUGCAACCAUUAAUGGAUGGCUAGACAGAUAGAUGUAACCAAUUUCUAAACAUCUUUUCCCAAAUAAUUGCUAGGUAGAUAGAUGUAAUGGAAAAGAUGACAAAUUUAGUAGUAGUGAGUAAGCAUGACAGACUCAGGGUUCUAGAUUUAGCGUAUCACCAAUCACCAUUGUGCUAGUUCAUGUAAUCUUCCUAACCUUCUCAAGGUUUGAAAAACAGCUCAACAUUUAAAUCAAAUUAAAUAUCAUGUGUUUAAUAAUAA